AUGGGUACAGUUACAUUCGGACCAUGGGACUACGUGGUGUUCGGGCUCAUGCUGGCUGGGUCCACCCUCAUUGGGAUUUACUACGCCGUGAAGACUCGCAAAGGACGCAGUACAAACGAAUAUCUUGUCGCAAGCAAUUCUAUGACAUUCCUUCCCGUAGCGUUGUCCUUAAUAGCGACGUCGGAGUCGUCAGUGAUGAUGUUGGGAUCCCCAGCCGAGUCGUAUGCCUUUGGAAUUGAGCUUAUCCUUGGUGAAAUUGGAAAUGCAGUUGGGACCAUCAUUGAAGUCAUUGUGACUCUAACUUUCCUCAAGAGGCUGAAUCUGUCAACACCAUUUGAGUUGCAGUACAUGAGUGUUGUCAUCUACGGCCAGGCCAUCGCUAUAGAACAAGUGCGCCAUACCGUGUGGAAUCUCUUCUUCGGACGAAUCCUGGCGGGGUUUGGGUAUCUGUAUAUGCCAUCAUCGCUCCAGCGCAUCUCGUCAGCCAAGUCACUCAAGGAAACCAGGAGGGCUCUACUUGUCACCAUCCCUGCUUUCCCCAUCCUCCUUCUGAUUGGCCUGUCUCAGGGGAUUGUCGCAUACGGGUACUAUUACCAUAUACGGUGUGACCCAGUGGAGUCCAAGCAAAUCAACUCUCUCAAUCAGAUCGUGUACACUCUACUGUCCACUGCUAGAAGUCCUUUGAAUGCUUUGUUUUACCUUGGAGCUCUGUUUCCAUUUGCCAACGCCAAGAACAUCGUCAACAUCCGUCACCUGUUGACAUGUGAUGCAUCACACCAUUUGGCCAGAUCCAUGAUCCUCUCGCGGUUGGAUUACUGCAACAGUCUACUGGGUAAUGUGAAUCAGGAUCUUGUCACCAAAUUACAGCGCGUUCAGAAUGCAGCUGUACGGACCAUCACCAGAAGCAGGAAGCGGUCACACAUCACACCAGUCCUUGUCAAGCUCCACUGGCUGCCGAUCAAAGCAAGGAUCGAAUACAAGAUCUUGUGCAUCACAUAUCGCUGUAUCAAAGGCUCAGCUCCAUCCUACCUGACCAACUUGGGCGCCAUCACUGGUCUCCUGGCAGGGGUCAGCUUCAUGCUGUGGCUGUCCUUAGGGUCCAUGUUCUCCUCUGCUGGGUCAGCCAGCACCUACCUUCCUUCAGCCCCCACAGACAACUGCCCAGGCUUCAACGUGACAGCAUCAUCCUUCGUCAAUAGCACCACCACCAUACUCCUCGAACAGGAAGAGGUCGUCAAGAACAGUUAA